AAAGAAAACCACAGAGAUGGGAUCAUUGCUAUUUGAAGGUUGCAUCUGUUUGUUGUUUUUUUAACAAACGCUUUUGAAAAUGAUCAUUUUGUCCCCUCUGACUUCCCAUACCGUCUCCUGCAUGUUCUCGCUCAGUCAGGCUCAAAAUCUUCAGCGCGCAGCUUCAGGGAAAGUUUGUAAACACGAUGACAAGAAACCACCACAAUGAACAAACCGCCUGUUCCUCCUCUGCUGACAGCAGCCUACACGGCAAAGAGAAGCAAACGUAAGAGCAUCUGUGAAAAACGAGGUAAAAAGAAGGAGUUUGACCGAGCCAGAAGCAGGAUAAACAUCGGAGGGGCUUUUCCGAGGUGGAGGAAGCUACGGGACCUGAAAGGAUUCAAAACCGAUGCGGACUUCGCCUCAUUCCUGCUGGACAGAUAUCAGGCAGAUUUCUUGGCUACAAUACUGACACCAACCAAACACAGUGGAGAUGAUGAGGGAACGGGUUUCAGUGAUGUGAACGAAGUUGCGGUUGAAGUUUUAGAUACAAGUCCGUCGUCACCAGACAUGCGCGAUGACAUCGGUGAAGAUGACUUUAAUCACAUCCAAAACUCUGUUAUUGACUGGACAGAGGACAAGACAUGGGCUCCAGUUGAGGACUUAGAAGAUAUUUCAACUUCAGACGACGGGGAAACAACAGAGGAGGAUGGUUACAAUGAUGACAGUGGUGAUGAAGACUACAUCCCCCCUUUAUGUGUUCGAACUGGAACUGGUACCAUUACUGGUGCUAUUAAACCCAAAAUAUGCCCGGAUGCUCUUCAGUCCGUGAGCAACGAUGAAACUGUGCAUGAUGUUGUAGACACAGAGCGGAAAGAGGAACCACCAGUGACAGAAAAGAUUGAAGUCCAGACAGAGGACAAAAGCACAAAUCGACUUGCGACUGUCACUUACCGUGACCGUUUGAAACAGCCAAGAAAGAGAGGUGCCGAGGUAAAUUAUCAUGAAGAACACAGACCUGAAACACAGGAACAGGAUCCCAACACAGCACCUACAGAUGAGUUAGACUCAAAUAGUGAAACUCUGAGAAGUCCAGAACUUGCCAGCACACCCAGCAGCUCCCAUCAUGAGCCUCAGGAAAAGGCAUCUGCGGAACCAGAACAAUCCCAGUGUUUUCGAAGACCAAAGAAGAUCUACAACUGUUUGACCUGUGGAAAAGUGUUCCCUUGCAACCAAGCCCUGAAACGGCACCUUGUGAUUCAUUCAGGAAAAAGACCUUUUAAAUGCUUCCUAUGUGGACGAGGAUUCACUCAGAGUGGAAACCUCAAAACACACAUGAAAACUCACAGAGGAGAGCUAACAAACUGGACAUUAGUGAAAGAGAAAAGCCCAGUUAAAGAAUCUCCUGUAACAGUUCAUUUGUGUGGAGAGUGUGGAAUGGACUUCCCUGAGAAGCAUCUGCUAGAGGAACACCGGGGGAGUCACAAGAAGCCUUACGCAUGUCCUGACUGUGACAAGACAUUCAAAAAUGAAUCCUAUCUUAAAAUCCAUCAACACGUCCACUCAGGAGAAACUCCUUACAUCUGCUCAGAGUGUGGAAAGAGUUGUGUCACAGCAGUUUUGCUCAAAAAACACGAGUUAACCCACAGCGGAGAAAAGAAUUUCCACUGUGAUCAGUGUGGGAGGGCAUUUUUGCAGUCGGUCAACCUGAAGGAACACCUCAAGACCCACACAGGAGAGCGUCCUCAUCUGUGCUCAAUCUGUGGUAAAAGUUACUCUAGAGCUUAUGCUCUCAAAGUUCACCUGCGAGUUCACACUGGAGAGAAACCAUAUUCGUGUGAGAAAUGUGGGAAAUGUUUUUUUUACUCUCAGAAUUAUCAAAAGCAUCUGAAGACUCAUGAUAAAAAGCCCAAGCUGUCGACAAAACCUCUGGGGAGACCAAAACAGCAGCUGUUAGUGGUAAACAAUCAGUGACGUCAUCUAAGUUAUUAUUAUAAUGUACUCAUUAAUUUCUAUGUGAAAUAUCUUGCAAAAUACUGAUGUGAUUGGACAAUGCAAUAUUAAUCAUUUAUAGUAAGUCGUGUACAGUCAGCUCCUGUUACGUAUAUUAGACCAGAGUAUUUAAGCAAAUAAAUCAUAUUAAUUGUU